AUCGCUGUCUGCUUUGCUGGAUAAACUUGCCCUUGUUCUCCUUACACCUGAAUCUUCCGCUUGCGUCCUGUUGGCCCAACGUCCCUUCACAACGCCCAGCUAGUCCAACAAGUCAGGAACAUCUCGAACACCGACCAGCGAAACAGCAAUAUCUAAUAGUUCAACUAUAGCCUACGCUUCCACAUUUUAAGACUUCCGGCAUCCCACCUGAACCGCCGUUUUUUUUGCCGGCCGUUUUUUGUCAGUCACCAUGUGUCGGCCGCCUGAUGUUGUGCCCGGCGCCGCUCACUCCGAAACGGAGGAGGAGAUCGACGCCCGGUGGCGGGCUCAGCAGAUUGACGAUGGCGCCGCGUACGGCGCUUCUUGGAACUGGAAUCCCCUGACUGCUCCUGGCGGACGGUUAUUUGCCGGCAGCGCCGGAAUGUACGGUAUGAUGCCGACCGACCCAUCGCCACUCGCCGCCAUGCAGUCCCGCCAGCCGCUUCAAGCGCAGUGGCUGCUCCCGCAGCACUCCCAACCCGCGCUCCCCAAACCACCGCAAAUGCAGCCGCCGACCCCGCACGCCCCGUCGCCGCAGCAGAUGUUCACCAUGACCUGGCCGCCGGCGCACGCCAUGUCCGCGCCGGCGCAAGUGCUGGCGGCGAAGGGCCCGCUGGGGUACAUGUCGCAGGGCAUGGCGCAAGGGAUGGCGCAAGGGAUGGCGCAAGGGAUGGCGCAGGGCAUUCCGCUGGGGGUGCCGCAGGAGAUGGAGUUCCACGCGGGCGACAUGGGCGCGAUGAGCAUGGACGGCAUGACCGCGGAGGAGCUCGCCGACCUCGACCCCAAGAAACACAAGAGGAUGAUGUCGAAUCGCGCGUCGGCGAAGCGGUCGCGGCAGCGGAAGCAGGAGCGCCUCGAGGAGCUGGAGAUCCAGAGCGCGAAGCUGCGCGUGGAGAACGCGGCGGUGACGCGGCGACUCAACGAGGCGACCGAGCACAUCAAGCAGUUCCAGGAGAGCAACGACCGCCUGCAGACCGAGCUCAAACGGCUACGCGACGCGCUCACCCGCGCGGGGGUUCCGCCGGCUGACGCGGCGCAGGAUGUGGCCGCGGAUGCGGGGAGGAGCGGGGAGUUUGCGCUGAAGGUUGGGCAGGCGGGGAAGCGGGAGGUUGGGGGGGAGUCUGUGGAAGGAGCGGGGAACAAGCGCGCGAGAGUAGCGGCGUCGUCGAGUUAUGAGGAGUCGGAAGAGGAGGGCCCGCACUCGCCCAGCGCGAUCACCGGCGCGUCCGCGCCGCCGUCGCACGCGGAGAGGAUCGCGGCGGAUGCGGCGGUGGUGGCGAACGGGGUGACCGCGGCUGCUGCGGCGGGGCUGGCGCGGCCACGCGCUGUUGGCGCGGGAGUAGCGGGCGGAAAGGACGUUGACACGCUGGCGGACGCGGAGUUCCUGGCGGGGCUGAUCGGAUGCUUCGACGAUGGCAAGCCGCUGGAGGCGCUCAUGUGAAUGGGCACAUGGCGAAUGUUGAAUCGUCGUGGCCUGGUGACGGACGGGUGGGAUGGGAUGUGGUCGGACAUUGAUGCGCUCGUGGGGAAUGGGAGGUGGUUUCUGGGGCGGUCUGAGGGGUGAUGGGAGGGGGGAUGUUGGGAAACCAAUAGCAUCUUUGGGGCUAGGGAACGGGGCCCUUAGUAUUUUUGCUUAUAUUGUAUGCCUAAAGGCUUGUGCCCAUGUAGAGAAGAACACUAGGGCUGCCAGACACUUGCAAGGCAUUGUAUGCUGGCAGGAUAGUACCGUAUGUGCUGAAUGGUACUGAACCCUUUACUAACACAUCCUAUCUUAUCUUUACA